GCUGGACUGAGGCUGCUCCUUCAGGAGGGAGAGUUGUAGCCCAGUGAACCUGUGUACUGCAGGGAAGUUUUUCUAAGUUGAAGGCCUAGACCCGUUUGUAGAGACAUCUGGAUGCAGCCAUUGACAAAGGACACAGGCAUGAGUGCGGCUUCUGUGACACUUGCCAGUGCCCUGCAGGUCAGGGGUGAGGCUCUGUCUGAAGAGGAAAUCUGGUCCCUUUUGUCACUGGCUGCUGAGCGGCUCCUGGAAGACCUCCAUAAUGAUUCCCCAGACUACGUGGUCUGCCCCUGGUCACUUCUGCUUUCUGCAUCUGGGAGUCUUUCUUUCCAAGACCACGUUUCUCACAUAGAGGCUGCGCCAUUCAAGGCUCCUGAGCUGCUACGGGGACCAAAUGAAAAUGAGCAGCUUGAAGCAUCACAGAUGCAUGUCUAUUCCUUGGGGAUGACUCUCUACUGGUCAGCAGGGUUUCGUGUUCCACCAAACCAGCCCCUGCAGCUUCGAGAACCCGUGCACUCCCUCCUGCUGGCCAUGUGCGAGGACCAGCCUAGAAGACGGCGGCCACUGCAGGAAGUUCUGGAAGCCUGCCGGGUUCAUCAGGAAGAAGUGGCUGUGUACCCAGCCCCUGCCAGUCUCCAUGUCAGUCGGCUGGUGGGCUUGGUGUUGGGCACCAUCUCCGAGGUGGAGAGAAGAGUUGUAGAGGAAGGCACCUGUGAGCGGCAGAGCAGAAGCCACUUUCUCAGGAGCAAGCUGAAUCGGGCUGGCAGCGAGAGCCCCGGAGCUCGGGCCUCUGAUGGUCUGCAGCCUCGUAGAGUUUCAGAGAGAAGCACAGGGACACAGAGCUCCUUGGAGCGACGCUGGAGCACCACGGCCCACAGUCGUUGCAGCUUUGUUAAUGGUGCUGUUGCAGGUGUGGGAUCCUGUGACUGUGAGGAGGGCUUGCAAUGUGGCUCUGGACCUAUGCUCUCGGCUGAAGCAGAAAGCUCAGAGCCAGCUGCAUCUUCUCCAAGGAAUUUCCUGCAAAGAAAGGGGAAGUUCUCCAGGCCAGAGUUCAUCCUGUUGGCUGGACAGGCCCCGGUGACCCUCCAUUUGCCUGGAUCCAUUGUGACCAAAAAAGGGAAAUCCUAUUUGGCUCUCAGAGACCUCUGUGUGGUCUUGCUGAGUGGACAGUGUCUGGAGGUGAAGUGUGACAUGGAGUCCACAGCAGGAGCUGUCUUCAAUGCUGUCAUGUCCUUCGCCAACCUUGGGGAGACCACCUACUUUGGUUUGGCUUAUGUGAAAGGUGAAGAGUUCUUUUUCCUGGACGAGGACACUAGAUUGGGCAAAGUUGCCCCAGAAGGCUGGAAAGGACAGCAUCCAAAAGGUCCCAUGGAUACUUUGACACUCUUUCUGAGGAUAAAGUUCUUUGUCAGCCACUAUGAGCUGCUCCGGCACAGCCUGACAAGGCAUCAGUUUUACCUGCAGCUUCGGAAAGACAUUUUAGAAGAGAGGCUGUAUUGCAAUGAUGAGACACUACUGCAACUGGGGGUCCUGGCCCUGCAGGCUGAGUUUGGAAGUUAUCCUAAGGAGCAGGUGGAGAGAAAAGCAUAUUUCCGAAUUCAAGAUUACAUCCCAGCAAGGCUUAUUGAGCGGAUGACAGCAAUCCGGGUCCAAGUAGAAAUCUCCGAGAUGCACCGGCUCAGUUCUGGGCCCUGGGGAGAAGAUGCAGAGCUGGAGUUCUUAGAGGUUGUUCAGCAACUCCCAGAAUAUGGAGUUCUAGUUCACCAGAUUUUUCCAGAGAAGAAGAGACCAGAAGGGGAAAUGGCUUUGGGGGUCUGUGCCAAAGGUAUCCUAGUCUAUGAGGUGAAAAGCAGCCGCAGGAUCACAACAUCAGAGUUUCCAUGGAGAGAAACUGGGAUGAUCUCAACUCAUAGAAAGAAGUUCACCAUCACCAGCAGCAUCACUGGAAAAAAGUACACCUUUGUCACUGAUUCAGCCAAGACCUGCAAAUAUUUGCUGGGCCUCUGCUCUGCCCAGCACUGGUUUAAUGCACAGAUGGGUGCUCAUCUUUUGAGUGAUCAGGAUAAGUCUGUACAAAUAGCCAACUUGAACUCUGCACACCAGGGACAGACCAGCCCUCUCACAUGGAUUCGGAAACUGUCAUGCUCAGAAAACGAGCUGUGUGUACCCAGGUUGCCGAAUGCCACAGGAGGCAGACUGAGCACAUCCAUGGAGAAUGUGCAAGGCGGCAAGGAGAUCAGGAUGGAAGGAAUCAGAAGCAGCCCUUACCCUGGAAGAGAGCAGCUGGGCAGCAUCAGUUCGAUCCAGAAGCCAACUCAGCAUCUCUCUGGAACAGCUGUCCAGAGCACAGGGCCACAGUGCAGCUGGAGGAAGAGCUUUAGGGAGGGACCCGACCAAGAUGUGGUGUGUGUGACACUGAAGCGUGACCCACAUCGUGGUUUUGGUUUUGUCAUUAACGAGGGAGAAGAUGCAGACCAAGCAAAACCCGGCAUUUUCAUAUCUUCCCUCAUACCUGGGGGACCAGCAGAAAAGGCUAAAAUGAUCAAACCAGGGGGGAAGAUACUAGCCUUGAAUCACAUCAGCCUGGAGGGCUUCACAUUCAACAUGGCUGUUAGAAUGAUCCAGAAUUCUCCUGACAACAUAGAAUUAAUCAUCUCUCAGUCAAAAGGUGUUUGCGGAAACACCUCCAGUGAAGAAAAGAACAACACAGGACAUUCUGGCAUGUUCUGUACAGACAUCUUGGGCAAUGGGCACCAGGGAAGAGAGUCAGCACACCCAUAUGACAAGGACAGAAAUGUCAGAGGACUGGAAAUGGCUCAGGUGCAGGGGCAGGUGCCUCAUGGCUCUGUUUUUCUGUUGUUUGUUUUUUUGGGGCAGGCUGCUGGUUAUUGUCCUCCAUCCCCUCCAGAAGCCAAUGCUGGUGAAAUCUAUUUCGUGGAGCUGAUUAAAGAAGAUGGAACACUUGGAUUCAGCGUGACUGGUGGCAUCAAUACAAGUGUACCUCAUGGAGGAAUCUUUGUGAAAUCCAUCACUCCUGGAGGUCCAGCUGCCAAGGAAGGACAGAUCCUACAGGGUGACCGGCUCCUGCAGGUGGAUGGAAUGAGUCUAUGUGGUCUGACUCACAAGCAGGCUGUGCAGUGUCUCAAGGGUCCUGGGCAGGUGGCACGGCUGGUCUUAGAGAGGAGAGGCCCCAGGGCUACACCGCAGUGUCCUUCUGCUGAUGACAGAAUGGGAGAUGCACACAUGGCUGUUUCCCUGGUAACAGCCAGGUCUGGCAGACCUGCGAGCUGUGUCUCGGUGACAGAUGGUCCUAAGUUUGAAGUCAAACUGAAGAAGAAUAGCAGUGGUUUGGGAUUCAGUUUUGUGCAGAUGGAGAGAAGAAACUGCAGUCAUCUCAAGAGCAACCUUGUAAAGAUUAAGAGGCUCUUUCCUGGACAGCCAGCUGAAGAACAUGGGGCCAUUGCAGCUGGUGACAUUAUCCUGGCAGUGAAUGGAAAGUCCAUAGAAGGCCUUACCUUCCAGGAAGUGCUCAAUUUAUUGCGUGGGGCUCCAGAGGAAGUGACACUCCUCCUCUGCCGACCCCCUCCUGGGACACUGUCUGAGAUGAAGCAGGGAUGGCAGACUCCUGAACUAUCAGAAGACCAAAGAUUCACCAUGGCAACAUGUACUGAAUCAGAGCAGAGCCCCAGCCUAGAUCAAGACAGCUGGAGGGACAGUGCUUCCCUGGACACAGGGGAAGGCCUGGGUGCCAGGCCAGAGUCUUCCUACAAGGUUGUCAGAGAGGUGAAAGGAAACCAAAACAGACAGGGGCCCUGGACCAGGUCCUUGAUGCACCCUAUGGAAUCCCAUCCUCACUUGUGCAAACUCCACCAAGAACCAGAGGCACCAGCAUUGGCUACCUCUUUGGAAAAGGAUAUGAGACAAAACUGCUAUUCCGUAUGUGAUAUCAGGAGACUGGGAAGUCUUGGAUUAGACAGGGAUGAUGCUGGAGGCGACACAUGUUUUCUACGUGAAACCUCUUCCCUCACCUUGGAUGAUGAAGAAUACUUGACUCUCAACUCAACUUCCUCUGGCCAUCUGCCCUGUGAAGGAUGUCUAGAGGCAGAUUCGGAGACUAUUCCUCUGCCACAGUUCUGUUCUUGGGGUGCUCUCCCAGAGUCCUCACUUCUGGAAGGAUCACACGGGAGUGAGAGUGAGUGGGAGGAUCUGGAGGAGACCGUGGCUACGGAUGACACCCUCAGGUGGGUAUCAUACUCUGUGUGA